UUUAACUAAACAUUCCCCUCUAUUUGUUCGUUUUGAAAUUAGCGUUGAGUUCCUUCAAAUUAUUAUUAUUAUUUUUGGAUUGGAUUUUUCUGUGUUAAUUUCGGGAAAUUCUUAAUCCAAAAAAAUGGGGAAGCCAACGGGGAAGAAGAAGCUUCAGGAAGCCGCCCAGAAAGUGGUGGAAUUCAACAAGCAAAACAAGUCCGCCGGCAGCGGCGGCGGAGGCGAAAACAAGACGUCGAAGGCUUUCGACGAAGACACGACGAUCUUCAUCAACCUGUCCCAAGAGCUCAAAGAAGAAGGUAAUCGUCUCUUCCAAAAACGCGACCACGAAGGAGCAAUCUUAAAGUACGAAAAAGCCCUUAACCUCCUCCCUAAGAACCACCUCGAUGUCGCCUAUUUGCGCGGCAACAUGGCUGCUUGUUACAUGCAAAUGGGUAUCGUCGGGUACCCACGCGCCAUUGAUGAAUGUAAUUUGGCUCUGGAGGUUUCUCCUAGAUAUUCCAGGGCCUUGUUGAAAAGGGCUAGGUGUUAUGAAGCUUUGAAUAGAUUGGAUUUAGCUUAUAGGGAUGUUUAUAAUGUUUUAACUAUGGAACCCAAAAAUUUAUCCGCUUUGGAUAUUAUGGAGAGUGUUAAAAAGGCUAUGGAUGAGAAGGGUAUUACUGUUAAUGAAAGUGAACUCGGUUUAUUCGACAAUGAACCGUCCGGCGGUGGGCCGAUGCGGUUUCUGGAUGUGGUGAAGAAGGAGGUGAAGAAGAAGAAGAAGAAAGGAAAACAUGUGAAAAGUGAAAAGACUGAUAUUAAGGUUGAAGAAGAGAAGAAGACUGAGGAAAAGGUCAUUGUGGAGGAGAAGAAGGUUAGUGUUGAGAAAGUUAAUGAUAAGGAGGUUGUUGUGAAGACAGUUGAGGAAGAGAAGAAGCCUGUUUUGGAAGCGAAAGCGAUUAUGAAGCCUGUGAAAAUGGUGCUCGGAGACGACAUUCGGUGGGCGCAAAUACCAGUUAACUGUAAUAUUAAGUUGGUGAGGGAUAUUGCUCAAGCUAGGUUUCCAGGAUUGAAGGGUAUCCUUGUGAAAUACAAGGAUCCAGAGGGUGAUUUGGUUACAAUCACCUCUAAUGAGGAACUUGGGUUGGCUGAAUCAUCUACCAGUGUUGCCGGUGGAUCGCUUCGCUUCUAUAUUGUUGAAACUAGUCCUGACAGGGAACCGGAUUACGAAGAAACAAGUAAAGAGGAGGUGGUCAAGAGCGAAGAGAAGUUGAGUACUGUGUUUGUUGAUGAUAAUGGUGAUGCAGGCUGUGGUGUAGGAGCUAUUAAGGGAACAUGUGUGGAGGAUUGGAUUGUACAGUUUGCACGUCUGUUCAAGAACUACGUCGGAUUUGAUUCUGAUUCUUACUUGGAUCUUCAUGAACUUGGGAUGAAGUUGUAUGCGGAAGCAAUGGAGGAGACUGUGACAAGUGAAGAUGCACAGGAGAUUUUCGAAAUGGCUGCGGAUAAGUUCCAAGAGAUGGCAGCUCUGGCAUUGUUCAAUUGGGGAAAUGUUCAUAUGUCAAGGGCAAGGAAGCAUGUCUAUACAGAAGAUGGUUCAAAGGAAUCCAAAUUAGCACAGAUUUCGAGCGGAUACGAGUGGGUGAAGAAAGAAUAUGGAUUGGCAGCAAAGAAGUAUGAGGAAGCAUUAAAGAUCAAACCAGAUUUUUACGAAGCUUUUCUUGCUUUGGGACAACAGCAGUUCGAGCAAGCGAAACUCUGUUGGUACCAUGCAACUGGGAGUAAGCUUGAUUUAGAAGCUGGGGUUUCCCAGGAGGUCCUGCAACUUUAUAACGAGGCAGAGGACAACAUGGAGAAGGGUAUGGAGCUGUGGGAGGAAAUGAAGGAGAAACGACUGAAUGGACUCUCCAAAUUCGAUAAGUAUAAGACCCAUCUGCAGAAAAUGGGUUUAGAUGGGCUAUUUCAAGACAUCUCUUCUGAAGAAGCUACUGAACAAGCUGCAAAUAUGAUUUCACAAAUAUACCUUUUGUGGGGAAUUUUGCUUUAUGAGCGUUCUGUUGUCGAAUACAAGCUUGAGCUGCCAACAUGGGAAGAAUGUUUAGCAGUUUCAGUUGAGAAAUUUGAACUUGCUGGAGCUUCUCCUACAGAUAUAGCUGUUAUGUUAAAGAAUCACUGCUCCAAUGUGUCUGCAUCGGAAGGUGUAGGAUUCAAAAUCGACGAGAUUGUACAGGCAUGGAAUGAUAUGUAUGAUGUGAAAAGGUGGCAGGUUGGUGUUCCAUCAUUCCGCCUGGAGCCAUUGUUCCGUCGCCGUGCUCCAAAGCUUCAGUUUGUCUUGGAGCAAGUUUGAGUUUUCUGUUGAUUCAGCAUUCUUUUGGAGCAAUUGACAAGUGCAAGUUCUUCAGAUUUUGUUUAAUUAAUUUUCCAAGAUCGGUUUUCUGUGUGCUACUAGGAUAGGUCAUUUUCUUGUUAUUUGGCAGCAAAGAAGAAAAGUUUGUAAAGUUUCAGUUCUGUACCACUACGAUUUAUGAUUGGGAAUCGAACAAGUUUGUCAUUUUUGGCAACAAUUUGGUGUUUUGAGUCAUUCAUAUUUGAUUUGAUUUGAAAUUGUUCAUUUUCAAGGAAAAAUAAUUGGUUGUAAA